AGGGCCCAUAGCUAUAUUGUUGAUCAAACAAAGUUGCAAACUGCGAUGGAGUGAACUGACGACAACGCCACCGACUGCGAUCAUUAAUCGCCGUGGCGUCAUUCCGCCGUCGCCAUCCCUGCCUCCUUCAUCCGCCGACGAAAACGUCAAUUUCAAUUUCUCUCUCCUUCGGGAUUGUCCGCUUUUGGAAACCGCUAUUUCACAGAGAAUUCAAUUUGUCGUUUUAGUUAUAAUUGGGUUAUAUAUUUGUAAUUUUUGCGCGUCUGGAUUCACAGUAUACUCUGUUUCCAGACAGGAGGCGAGUCCAUGGAGGUUGAUGGGGUUCCGGCGGCGGGGACGGGAGGGGCGCUGUUGAGGCUCAGGUGUGCGGUUAGGAAUUACGAUUGGGGCCGCAUUGGGCGGGAAUCCGGUGUGGCGCGGCUAUACUCCCGCAACACUGGCGACGAGAUUCAGGAAGGGAAGCCCUACGCGGAGUUCUGGAUGGGGACGCACGAGUCCGGGCCGUCGUAUGUCGUGGUGGGAGGAGCACCGCCGGGGAGAAUAGCCGAGAAUGGAUUGUCCAAUGGUGUGGCGAAACAGAAAUUCGUAGUCACUCUCAAGGAUUGGAUUCGGCGGAACCCUAGUGUUCUCGGUGAUAAGGUUCUUAACAAGUGGGGCCCCGAUCUUCCAUUCCUUUUUAAGGUACUCUCAGUUGCAAAAGCGUUGUCGAUUCAGGCUCACCCUGACAAGGAUUUGGCUGCUUGCCUGCACAAGGAGCAACCUCUAGUAUAUAAAGACAGUAAUCACAAGCCUGAGAUGACUCUGGCACUUACUGACUUUGAGGCUCUAUGUGGAUUCGUCAGUUUUGGGGAACUGAAGGUUGUUUUACAAACAGUGCCCGAGAUAGGAGAAGUGGUUGGCAAUGCAUAUGUAGAGCAGUUGAUAAACUUGAAUGAACAGGAUGGAGCUGAGAAUGCAAAAUUAACCCUGCGGUUGUUAUUUACAAAGCUUAUGUCAUCUAGCAAGGAUGUGAUUUCGAAAGUUAUAUCCAAGCUGAUAAGCCGGCUAAACAAAAAAAACGAGAGGAAUCUAUGCGAGAAAGAACAGCUAGUAUUGAGACUUGAAAAGCAGUAUCCAGGUGAUGUUGGUGUUCUAGCAGCUUUCCUGUUUAACUACGUGAAACUUAAGGCUGGUGAAGCACUGUAUUUGGGGGCAAAUGAACCCCAUGCUUAUCUUCUUGGUGAAUGUAUCGAAUGCAUGGCAACAUCAGAUAAUGUGGUGCGUGCUGGACUUACUCCAAAGCACCUGGAUGUUGAAACUCUUUGUUCCAUGCUUACGUACAAACAGGGCUUUCCUGAAAUACUUAAAGGGAAUGCACUCAACCCAUAUACAACAAGAUAUCUCCCACCAUUUGAAGAAUUCGAGGUAGACCGAUGUACCCUUCCUCCGGCAGCCAAGGUUGUUUUUCCUGCAGUUCCAGGCCCCUCCAUUUUUGUUGUCAUGGCAGGAGAGGGGACAAUGACAACACCAUCAUCGAAUGAAAUUGUCGCAGAAGGCGAUGUCCUAUUUUCUCCAGCAAACACAAACAUCGCAGUUGCAACUACAUUGGGUUUAAGUUUAUUUAGAGCGGGAGUAAACAGUAGGUUUUUUGCAGAAAAAUCAUAGAAGCCGUGAAAAUUAGACACAGCUUCACAUAUGUUGAUUGUGGCAUUUUCUUGUAAUAUGUAGUACAAAUUCCCCACCAUUGUAUUAUGUAUAUUAAAAAGAUCUGUUACAUACCAAUAAAAUUUGAAAAUGAUCUGUUUAUUGUGAAAA